GAAAAUUUAGGGUUCUCUGGUUUUGAUCAAAACAGGAAGCUUCAAUCUCUCUAGGGUUUCAAAAGUUUCACCUUUGAUGAUUGAUUAUGGUAAUUGUUUGCUUAUUGGGGUUAUGGAAGAUUUAGGAUUCUGAAAUCUGGACUUGAAAUUUUGAACUUUCUACCAAGAAAUGAACUUUGUCUUCCGUCGGAGCUCGGACGCCAAAUCUGCAAAUUCCCGCUGCGACCCUUUGUCUUCCGUUAUUCUACAUCGUAAAUUUUGAAAUUUUCAGCCCGAAAACUGAUGGAAAGUUGGAAACAAUUUACCAGAGGAAAAAAUCCGAAAAAUUUGACUGAAAGAUUUGAUCUUUCUGUUGGGGAUUAUGGGAGUUUGAUUGUUUGUGGAAUAUAAUUGAUGGUUUCUUUAAAUGAUGGAGAGUAGAUUUGUUGGAAUUUUUAUCUAUGCAGCAAUGUGGGCGAGGCAUUCGCUGCCUUUCGAGUUCGAGUUCAAUGGGGAGGAGGAUCCACUGGGAUCCGACUGUUGCGCUCGAACUCAAUCACCCGGCUCUUGUGUUGUUGGAGAAGUGCAGCACAAGGCACCAUUUCAAGCAGAUUUUGGGGCAGAUGAUGAGGACCUCUUUAAUUGGUCAGACAUUUCCCAUGAGCCGGCUUCUCACAUUCUCCGCCAUCUCACACCCUGAAAAUUUAGACAUGGCCGUCCUCCUUUUCGAUCACUUUACUCCGUAUCCCAAUCUUUACAUUUAUAAUUCGAUGAUUUCUGCAUUAUCUUUCUCGAAAAGCCAAGCAUUUGCUCUGUACAGUUCCAUGCUCAAAGCUGGCAUAUACCCUGAUAAACACACCCUUCUUUACUUGCUCCAAGCAUCCGAAUGUGUAGUGGAAGCAAAGCAGAUCCACAGCCACGCUGUAGUUACAGGUUUGUCGUCACACCGGUACUUGCAGAACACCCUCAUGAAGAUAUAUCUGGAAAAAGGAGAGAUGGGGCUUGCUCAACAGUUGUUUGAUGACGUGCCAACGCCGGAUACAGUCCCGUUCAAUAUCAUGAUCGUUGGUUAUGCCAAGAUGGGAUAUUUUUCGGAAGCUCUGCAACUGUUUUAUGAAAUGGUGGGUUUGGGUCUUGAGCCGGAUGAGUUUACCAUUCUAGGACUUCUUAUAUCUUGUGGACUAUUAGGAGAUGCUCGGCUUGGAAUGUCUGUUCAUGCAUGGAUUGAGAGGAAGAAGGCCAUUACGUCUGGAAAUUUGAUUUUGGGUAAUGCUCUUUUAGACAUGUAUGUGAAAUGGAACAAAUUGGAGGUUGCCCAAAGUCUUUUUGAUGCUUUAGCGGAGAAGGAUAUCGUGUCCUGGAACACCAUGGCUGCAGGAUAUGCCAAGGUUGGGAAAAUAGAACUUGCGCGGAAUUAUUUUGAGCAAAUGCCUAGAAGAGAUCUUGUUUCUUGGAAUUCAUUAAUUGCUGGAUAUGCCAAGAAGGGCGAUUACACAAUGGCGGUGAAGGUAUUCAACGAAAUGAUUACAGAGAAUGCAAAGCCUGACAGUAUCACUCUGGUUAAUUUGGUCUCUGCUGCAGCGGAAACUGGAGCGCUGGACCAUGGAAGAUCAAUGCAUGGCUUGAUUGUGAGGAUGCAGUUGAAAAUAGAUGUAUUUUUGGGUUCGGCAUUAAUAGACAUGUACUGCAAGGCCGGAAGCAUUGAACGAGCCUUCAUGGUUUUCCGGGGACUGACAGAGAAAGAUGUUACCGUAUGGACAACAAUGAUCUCUGGAUUCGCAUUCCAUGGUUACGGGUGCAAAGCCCUGGAUCUGUUUUCGGAGAUGCAGGGAGGGCUAUCUCCGAACGGGGUGACUCUUCUUGCUGUUCUUACAGCUUGUAGCCACAGCGGCCUUGUGGAUGAAGGGCUUAAUCUAUUCAACAACAUGGACAAAAAAUUUGGUAUUGAACCAGGAGUUGAGCACUAUGGGUGUUUAGUGGACCUUUUAUGUCGAUCGGGAAGGCUGGCAGAGGCGAAAGAAGUGAUAAAAAAGAUGCCGGUAAGGCCAAGCCGAAACAUUUGGGGAGCAAUGCUGAGUGCUUGUAGAGCACAGGGAGACAUGGAACUAGCCGAAACAGCUUCAGCAGAGCUACUCAAGUUAGAGCCGGGGAGAGAGGGCGGAUACAUUAUGAUGUCGAAUAUAUACGCUGCUUGUGGAAAGUGGAGCUACUCGGAUAAGAUUCGAGAAGUAAUGGAGAUCAGGGGAGUGAAGAAGGCCGCAGGUUGCAGUAGCGUGAACGUCGACGGAGUUGUCCACAACUUUGUUGCCGCCGAUAAGCGGCAUCCGAGAUGGGAAGAAAUCUUCCUUGUUUUGCAGUGCAUGAAAAGUGAAAUGAAGCUGGCUGCUGGUUUCCGAUUUGAUCCAUUUGUAUAAUCUUGGAAAAUUGGCUAAAUUGCUCGGGAAUCAAAUCCACGUUGUUAAGGUCUUGUUUGGAAUGCUUUUGAAA